AUGGGCAAGACAAAGGCAGAAGCCACUAAACCUUCCAAUUCUGGAGGAAAGGCCAAAAAGAAGAAGUGGUCCAAAGUCAAAAUCAAGGAUAAGGCCAACAAUGCAGUUACCCUUGAUAAGGCUACAUAUGACAAGAUCUAUAAGGAGACCCCCACUUACAAACUCAUAACUACAGCCAUAUUAGUCGAUCGCAUGAAGAUCUCUGCUUCUCUAGCCCGUGUCGCCAUUAAGGAACUUGAGGCUAAAGGACUUAUCAAGAAGGUCCUUUGCCAUUCAUCUCUUCCAAUUUACACACGUGCCACUGCAGCAGUUGAGGAAAGCGUCCCCAUAAAAGCCUAA